GUGAACGUACGUGGUAUGAAUGUGGGCAUUAAAAUUGGCAUGGAGACUGCUAGGGAAGCCACGGUGCGCGGUAGGCUGGCGGUAGCCUUCAGUCUGGUCUGCAUGAUACCCAUUAUAACAGGUGUAGUCGACGUCACCAUCGUCAGUAAGUACCAGUUCUUUAAUGAGUCCGAUGACACCUGGCUGUACUGUUACUACACGGGUAGUCUCAUCAACCAGUACGGGUACCAGUUCGGAGUAGAGGUUGACACUGGCUCGGGAACGAGAUUUACACCACAAAUAAUAAAUGGUGUUGUGACAGGGGACAAUAGUGUGAGGAUUCGGGAUAGCGUUGGUGAUUUCCGAGUUGGAGCAUUCUCAUGUCAAGUACGCGGCAGAAGUCAAACAGAAAAGGUCAUUACGUUCAAAAUGAAAUCUCAGGCCGAUGUCUGGCCUGUGGCCUUCACAGUAACCGCCAGCCUAGGAGACCCCGUGACGCUACAAAUGAUACAUAAGUUCAAUAGGACGGGUACCCUUGAAUGGAGGAGGGACGGUGUUGGAGGGACUGUCCUGACCGGACAGAACAGUACGAGCCUGACCAUAGCCAGUGCCCGGUCUUCAGAUGAAGGGAUCUAUGAGUGCUACUAUCAGGGGGACACUGAAAGAAAACAGGGCAUCAUGAAACUCAUUGUCAGAGCCUAA